CACUUGCACUAUUUUUCACCAUAAAUAGGUGAUUAGCAAAGCAAAUAUAAAAACAAAAAGUUGCGAAAAAAGAUUUUAGCUCCUGAAAAGUGAUAAAUAAAUAAAUAAUUAAAUUUUGACUAAUAAAAUAAUUGUGUAAAAUACAUUUGAAUAUUGAGGCAGUAAAGGAUUGUGAAAAGAAUUCAAAUGUAUUGAAUUAAUAUUAAAUGCGUUCUAAUAUUAUUUUCCCUAACUACAGUUAAAUAAACAAAAGCGUAGUAUCUAAAAGGUCAACGGAACAAUAACAAAUAAUAUACAUUGAAAUCUUAACAAAGAAAUUAACAAAUACGAAACCAAACUAAGCAGACGCAACACAAUUUCCUAUUUUAAAAAUGGUUGAGCCAAUUUUUGACUAUCAAUUUCGAUUGAUUUUAAUAGGAGACAGCACAGUGGGCAAAAGUUCACUUCUUAAAUUCUUUACAGAUGGCAAAUUCGCUGAGCUAUCUGAUCCGACAGUAGGAGUGGACUUUUUUGCCCGUCUAAUAGAAAUGAAAGAUGGCACUCAAAUCAAACUACAACUAUGGGAUACCGCUGGUCAGGAGCGUUUUCGUUCUAUUACAAAAUCCUAUUAUCGCAAUUCGGUUGGUGUACUACUAGUUUAUGAUAUCACUAAUAAUGACAGUUUUGAGCACAUACCUCUCUGGAUGAUGGAAGCACAGCGGCAUAUCGAACCGCAUCGGCCAGUGUUUGCACUUGUGGGCUGUAAAUUAGACUUGGUUGAUGCCGGUGGACACCGUGAAGUGAGCCACGAGAAAGCACAGGCAUUUGCAAAUCAACACGGGCUACAUUUUGUUGAGACUUCUGCACGUACCGGUUUGAAUGUAGCCGAAGCAUUUCGUAUGGUCACACAGGAAGUAUAUGCGCGCAUACGAUCUGGUGAAUAUAAGAUCGAGGAUGGCUGGGAUGGUAUAAAAACAGGAUUUGCACGACCAAAUAGUUUAGAUUUUAAUUUAGUGGUGGCAGAGCCAGAAAAAUCAUCUUGCUGUUGAUAUGUUUAUAUAUGCUAUACAUUUUAUGUUGUUAUAUUUCCUUAAGAUGAAAGAACAAAUGUUUACAAAUAA